CGCAGAACCCCAAUUUCUUUUGUGGUCGUCUGGGCAUGGAUCAAAUUCUUUCGGUCGUCCAAACUCUCGCUUGUGAUUGGGUUGCUUUGAUUGAUGUUCCAUUUAUGGACAAGUGUAGACUCCGAACGGUAAACUGGACUUUUGGUCGUGCCUUUCUCCCAUUCAUGAUGAACGACGACUAUACUAAAAAGUCUGGCGAAAUGAUGGUCGACGAACCAUUAGAAGCGCUUCCAGUCUAUGGUGCUGAAAAAGAUGCACAACAUACCCUGGAGCUAAUCGGGAGGCUUUCUGAUCUAGAUAGUGGUCUCCACUGCCUACUGGACAAAGUAAAGCAAGACAUGCAAUCAACAAAGGACGCUAUGAUGUUCCUGAAAAAACGUGCAGCAUUGGAGGAGGAAUAUGGAAAACAGAUGACGAAAUUAGCACAAUCUAUGGCCGAGUCUUUUGAAAAGGCUCACCCUCGAGCUGGAUCGUAUGGAGACGCAUGGACUUCUAUCCUCAAAGUGCAUGAGAAAAUUGGGGAGCAGCACGUCAAGUUCUCAACGGACAUUACUGAAGUUGCUGAUGACUUGCAACUCCUAUUUAAAGAUACCGAAAAGAGCCGGAAGCAAGCCAAGGAGCAAGGUUUACGUCAUGAGAGAUUGGUGUCUGACGCUGACUUGGCACUUGAAAAGGCGAAACAAAAGUACGAGCUGCAUAGUGAGCAAUGGGAGCAAUCUAUCUUGUUGAAGAAUAACGAGCCGUCACAAAUGACCAAAAAGGCUCUUUUCAAGAGCAACAAGACUCAGGCCCAGUUGGACAGAACAGAGGAAGAAGCCAGAGCCAAAGCUGCUGCUUCCGAUCAGACCUACCGCCAACAACUCAAUAUUACCAAUGCGACACGCGCAGAGUACUUUAAAACGCAUUUACCCAAUUCUCUGACUAACUUAAAGUCCAUCGGGGAUGAAUGCAAUGUGGCUUUGAGAUAUCAGCUGGCUCGAUAUGCCUACAUUUACGAACAAGCUCUGACAGCUGACGGUUAUGCACUGGACAAUGACGAUGGUCUGGGCUUACGGUCGCUGACAGAAAAAAUUGACAAGGACUCUGAUCUUGAGGAUUAUAUCAAACAAUAUGGCGGCAGAACUAGUCGAACGCAAAAGAACGAGAUACCCUAUAAAGAAUACAGCAUGUCCAAGACUGCUAAGUCGGUUUUGAACCCUAAUCCAGUAUUUGGUGUUGAUUUGGCCAUACUGAUGGAGAGAGACCGAGAAGAAGUACCCGUAAUCUUGAGAAAAUGCGCAGAGGCUGUUGAGACCUAUGGUCUUAAUACUGUUGGCAUAUACCGAGUGUCUGGUACUAAUACCCAAAUCCAAAAGCUUAAAAGUGCUUUUGACAGAGACUGCAGAAAUGUUAACCUUAACGCCGAAGAGAAUGUCUCUGAUAUCAACAAUAUAACCAGUGUGUUGAAACUUUGGUUCAGAGAGCUGCCAGAUCCACUCUUUCCUCGUGCGGCAUACCAGCACUUCUUAAAUGCUGCAAAAAUUGAUGAUGAGCGUAUGCGUGUUCUCGGACUUCAUAGUAUCAUCAACGAUCUUCCAGAUGCCAACUAUGCUACUCUGAAGUUUAUGAUGAAUCAUUUAGACAGAGUUCAACAAUCUCAAAGACAUAACAAGAUGGGCAUUUCCAAUUUGGCCACCAUUUUCGGACUGACUUUGAUGGGCAACGACACUCCGUCUGUAGCGCCUGUCAAUAUUCAAGCAGAGUCUCUAAAGCUCGCUGAGACUCAAUGGCAAGUUCGAGUCGUGCAAACGAUUCUUGAAAACUACCGAGUGAUAUUUGAGCCUGAUGACGAGUAGAGUACAUUUCAAUCCUUAUUACCAACGUUACUCUAAAAUUCUACUGUUAUUGCCUAAUUGAUUUUUUAUACAUGUAAUGGAGAAAUAAACUAUGAAAGAAAAAUCAU